CGCCGCUACUUCCGGGAGACAUCGGCGGGCAUGACGGCGAUGGCGGACACUGAGGAUGGCCGCUGCUGCCAGGCAGAGGAGGACGAGGAGGAGGAUGGGGACGGCAUGGAGCUCGACCCGGGCGGCGACGGCGACGACGACGACGACGAUACCAGCCCGGAGCCCAUCGCGGACCCCGAGGACGACAGCAGAAACGCGGAGUUCAACAAGGAAAAAGGCAACGAAUAUUACAUCAAGAAACACUACAACGAGGCCUACAACUACUACACCAAGGCGAUCGAGUUGUGUCCAUCAAAUGCCAGCUACUACGGCAACCGCUCAGCGACGCUCAUGAUGCUGUCGCGCUACCGUGAGGCGCUCGAGGACUCCCAGAAGGCCGUGCGGCUCGACGACACAUUCGUGAAGGGUCACCUCAGGGAAGGGAAGUGCCACGUGGCGCUGGGAUCGUCAAAUGCAUCCGUGCGGUGCUUCCAGAAGGUUUUGGAAUUGGAGCCCACCAACAAGCAGGCGGAGCAAGAGCUGAAGAACGCCAGCGUGCUGCUCGAGUUUGAAAACAUGGCAGAGAAGGCGUUCGAGAAGAAGGACUACAGGAAGGUGGUGUACUGCAUGGAGAGGGCGCUGGCCUACGCCAUCGCCUGCCCCAAGCUCAAGAUCAAGAAGGCCGAGUGCCUCGCCCUGCUGGGGCGGUACGCAGAGGCGCAGUCGGUCGCCAGCGACGUGCUGCGCGCCGACCCCACGAACGCCGACGCGCUCUAUGUGCGAGGCCUGUGCCUCUACUACGAGGACAUGAUCGACCGCGCGGUGCAGCACUUCGUGCAGGCGCUCAAGAUGGAGCCGGACCACGAGAUGGCGCGACUCACCUGCAAGAACGCUCGUUUGCUGAAGCAGCGCAAGGAGGACGGCAACCGAGCGUUCAAGGAGGGCCGGCUGGAGGAGGCGUGCCAGCUCUACUCGCAGGCGCUCACCAUCGACCCCAACAACCGCCUCACCAACGCCAAGCUCUACUGCAACCGCGCCACCGUCGGCAUCAAGCUGCGCCGGAUGGAGCAAGCGAUUGAAGACUGCACGAACGCUAUCCUCCUGGACGAGUCGUACGUGAAGGCCUACCACCGGCGGGCACAGUGUUACCGAGACACAGAGCAGUACGAGGAGGCGGUGAAGGACUUCGAGAAAAUCUUCAGCAUGGAGAAGACGAGAGAGAACAAGCAGCUGCUGCACGAAGCGAAGCUGGCGCUGAAGAAGAGCAAGAGGAAGGACUACUACAAGGUGCUGGGCGUGGACCGCAGCGCGUCGGACGACGAGAUCAAGAAGGCCUACCGCAAGCGCGCACUCAUGCACCACCCGGACCGGCACAGCAGCGUGAGCCCGGACAUGCAGAAGGAGGAGGAGAAGAAGUUCAAGGAGGUGGGCGAGGCGUUCUCCGUGCUCUCCGACCCCAAGAAGAGGGCACGCUUCGACAGCGGCCAGGACCUCGAAGAGGACGGCUCAGGCUUCAACGAUCUUGACGCCAACAACAUUUUCCGUACCUUCUUUGGGCCUGGAGGUGGCUUCACUUUUGAAAGCCAAGCUCCCGGAAAUUUUUUCUUCCAGUUCGGGUAGUGCUGGCUGCCGUGUCAGCCUCACCCCUACCAUCAUCGCAAGCGUUCCCAAGCCAUCACCACCACCACCGUCUCCUCCGCCACUGUCGUCACCACCGUCACCACCAACCGCGACGCUCACAAACCAGCUUCUGUAACAUACGACCCCACCACCACGUGCUGCCAAACCCGGACUCCAGCUCUCCCUACGCCGCCACGUGUAAAAAUCACCCCCCAGUCGCCGGGGUGAGUGGGCGGGUGGG